ACUGCACCCAGCUCUCUGGAGCCAUGGCGAUUUCGACCCGGCGCGCCACGCAGCGGACGCUGCGGACAUGUUGGGCGAUAGCGGCAGUGCUGGCGGGAAGAGCCUGGAUGACGAUGAAGCCGGACGUGAGGAAAGCACUGCCGAGUUCAGUGCCUCAAUGUUCACGGCGAAACUUUGCCCUGGUAUUUCCCGUCCUGGCCACGGCAUCUGCAGCGUCCGCAGAGCCGGACGUGGUCAUGCCUUCGGGGACGUUGAGGGCACUGAGCGGCCUGGCGACGGCCGUGUUGAAACCGAUCUACCAGAUCGAAGCACCUCUUCAAGCCGGCAGCUAUGACCAGACAGCCGUGCGGCAGCGAAUCCAACGGGAGGUGACGGGCAGUCCAGUGGUGAUCUAUUCCUACAGCCUGUCGCCCUUCUGCUCCCAAGCGAAGGAGUUCUUGGAUUCGUUGGGUGCAAAGUACACCGAGAUCAUUUUGGGCCCCGAGUGGCUCCCUGGUCUGCUGGAUGAUGAGGGUGCUGCUGUGCGAGCCGUUCUCGGGAAGAUGACGGGGCAGACCUCCAUGCCCCACAUUUUCAUUGGUGGACAGAGUGUGGGAGGACUUUUCAGUGGCACUCCAGGCUUGGUACCGUUGCAAGAAGACGGUGAACUUUUAGAGAAAUUGAAAGCCGCUGGAGCAUUGUGACCAAUUUAAGGGACGAUCAUUUGAGGAUGGUCCUGGAAUUCUGCCUGUGUUGUGAAAGGCGACAUGGAAGAAUGAUAAAAUAUGAUAAAUCAUAUUUUUUUCUGGGGUAUGGGGCAGCCUAUUUUUGAGACUUUGGUCAUUUGGAGCAGUCUUUGGCCAAAGUUCGGACCCAUCAGCAGUUGUACAUAGCAUCCCAGCAAUGACGAUCUGGCUUCGCUUCAGGAAAACCAUACGAUGACCUCUGUGGCAGAAA